AACCCCUCCUGCCCACCCCCUUGAACUACUCUUUUCUUCUUUUCUUUAUCAUCAAUUCAACUUGACCACACUACUUGCCUAAAUUUGGAUGCAUAACGAUUACCACAACAUCUUAACAAAAAGCUACAACGACCGCCACUCGACGACGACAGCAACGCUUAUUCCAUCAUCGCCAUCACCACCACCCUCGCUGAUACACCAUCAUCAUCAUCAUUGUAAAGGCCCUGGUGACCUUCAUAUCGAUACCCGUCCAUUCCAUCACCGGCAGCCAUAUACCCCUACCAAAGGCAGAGAUGAGUAUUUUUCGUCGUUCGAAAUGGAACAACCCAUGCCGGUGCCGUUACCCAACACGCGUGCAGCAUCUGGAUUGAUCACAGCCGAUGGUAACCGAAUUUUCGCUACGGUCGAUUCUGUACCUUCGUUGACAUCCUCAGCAACAACUGCACUGUCUCCUGAAGUAGACGAUGAUCACCCUGUUGACAAUGGCGACGUCGACGUUGAUAUAAUGGCCGCUGGGUCAGCACCUUCGUUGACCACGAUAAUGAUGGCUAGAAGUCAUAGUGUCCAUCAUCAUCAACCUCGACAACAGCAUCACGAUCAUCAUCAUCAUCGUCAAGAACAAAGCCCUGUGCGUCGAUGUCAAUCUUUGGCAAACUCACCUGCACGCGUGUCGAGUGGAUCGUGGGGUCACAUCAAAUCACCAGCUGCGUCGUUUUUGGCGCGGUUCGGUAUGCCGGACCAUCUCAUCAACGACAACAAAAAGAGCAACAACGAAGACGAAGAAAUUGAUGACUACAUGCUCGAAAAAGUGAUUGGCACUGGCGGCUUCGCCACAGUACGACGCGGAUAUUGCAUUUCCAACGGACAAAAAGUAGCCAUCAAAGUGUACGCCAAACCAAAAGACGGGUCAUCGUCGAAACGAUUAGAACGUGAACUGGCCAUUUGGAAACGGUUACGCCACGAUCAUGUUUUGCCGAUGCACAAGACAGUCGAAACGGAAACAAGCAUCUAUGCCGUAUGCGACUAUUGUCCCGGAGGUUCUCUUUUGGAUUUGGUGAGACGACGCAAACAAGGGCUCAAUGAAGACGAAGCACGCCUCUUGUUUAUUCAAUUGUGUGCUGCGAUCCAGUAUUUGCAUGACGAAGCACGCGUGUGUCACAAGGACAUUAAGCUGGAGAAUGUUCUGCUCGAUGAGAACAAUCGUAUCAAGUUGUGCGAUUUUGGCUUGGCCAUGUAUUGUCGAGUCAUUCUUAGUCCGCCCAAAUCAAAAGCAGCAACAACAACAACAACCACUACAACAACCUGUGCAGCAGAGAGUAUGCACAAUGACGACAUUACAAACAAGAGCAGCACCCGUGAUAAUAUUACCAAUUCUAUAUGUGGUGAUCAUCAGCAGCACCGUAAUUAUAAUGACGAAGAAGAAGAAGAAGAAGUGGCAGGCGGAUCGUUGGCUUACUUGGCGCCAGAACAAGUCUUGUCGCGAACGCCCGUGGCGUCGGCCUCGUCGGAUAUGUGGAGCUUGGGCGUUCUGCUGUACACCCUCAUGAUGGGUCGGCUGCCGUUCCAUGAUGACUAUGACCCGCGCUUGCAGCAAAAGAUCGUGAGCGGCCAAUACGAAUGGCCGUCAGACGAGGACGGAAUAUCAGCUGAUCUGCGUUCGUUGCUGAGCAACCUGCUUCAAGUGGAUCCGAGCAAGCGAUACACGAUCCAGCAGGUCUUACAAUCAGCCUGGUGCUCUUCAGAAUAAUCCAUAAUACCACCUUCUUUUAAAUCGCUCUUUUGUACAUAUUGUUUGUUUAUAUCCAUAGCCAUCCCUCAUAUCUGUAAAUUCACUCUUCAUACAUAAUAAUAAAAAAACACACAGAAUCGAUACUAUCCUUACA